CGGGCAGUGAAGGGGAAGCGGCGGUUCCUCGCAAACAGGAGGGCAGGCGAGAAGGGAGGGCUCUCGGGCAGGUCCUAGCGCCUGCCGGGUUCAGGACUGGGAAGGAGAGAAGGCCCAUUCCCCAGGAAGGGUAAACCUCAACCAACCAAGCCGAGCGGGCGGCGUGGGAAGCGGGGAGGCUGAGCCUUUCACAGCCCCAUAGCCAGCCUCCCUCUCGCAUCGCUAGCCCCAUAUUGAUGGAUUCCGGUUGAGGCGCCGCUCUCCUUUCCUCUGGAAAUAUGAUCAGCGCCCCGGACGUGGUUGCCUUCACCAAGGAGGAUGAGUACGAAGAAGAGGCCUACAGCAACAGCGAGCCGGCUCUCCCCGAGGAGUACUCCGUGCCGCUCUUCCCCUUCGCCAGCCAGGGAGCCAACCCCUGGUCCAAGCUCUCGGGAGCCAAGUUCACCCGGGACUUCAUCCUCAUCUCCGAAUUCUCGGAGCAAGUGGGGCCUCAGCCGCUGCUCACCAUCCCAGAUGACGCCAAAGUCUCCGGCACCUUCGACCUCAACUACUUCUCCCUCCGCAUCAUGUCGGUGGACUACCAGGCCUCGUUCGUGGGCCACCCGCCAGGAUGCCCUUACCCCAAGCUGAACUUUGUGGAGGACUCGAAAGUGGUGCUGGGCGACUCCAAGGAAGGGGCCUUCGCCUACGUCCACCACCUGACCCUCUACGACCUUGAAGCCCGGGGCUUUGUCCGGCCGUUCUGCAUGGCCUACAUCUCCGCCGACGAGCACAAAAUCAUGCAGAUGUUCCAGGAGCUCUCCGCGGAGUUCUCCAAAGCUUCCGAAUGCCUGAAGACAGGCAACCGGAAGGCUUUCGCCAACGAACUGGAAAAAAAGCUCAAGGACCUCGAUUACACCAGGACAGUUUUGCACAGCGAGACAGAGAUCCAGAAGAAAAACAACGAAAAGGGGUAUUACACCACACAGGCCAUUGAGAAAGCCAACGAACUGGCCAGCGUCGAAAAAUCCAUCAUUGAGCAUCAGGAUCUUUUGAAGCAAAUCCGAUCCUAUCCCUACAGUAAGCUGAAAGAUUCUGACUUCCAUCCUUAUGAGCCGGAGAGUGCAAAUGAGCCAGCUGAUGAAGAAUCAGAGCAGCAAGAAUUUACUACCUCGAAACCCGACGAACCUAGAGAACCACACCUUUAUUCUCGGCGGUCUUCUUACACCCCAAAGCUCAUCAAGGCCAAAUCGGCCAAAUGCUUUGACAAGAAGCUCAAAACCCUCCAGGAACUUUGUGAUGUGUAUUUUUUCACUCAGACGCUGGAUCAGCUGCACCAGAUUGAGAAGACGUUCAGAGGCGACGUGUGCUACCUCUUGACCCACCAGAUCAGCAGAGCGCUUUUGAAGCAGCAGAGUAUCACCAACUUCCUUUUUGAAGAGGUAUUCCCUUUGGAUGAAAGAGAGCCCGAAAGGCAAUUGAAUGGCUACCAGGGAGUCCAUCCUGACAACCCCGGUGAGAAAUCUUUGGACGUUUGCCCUCUCCCGAAACCCUUAAUCGGUUCGUACAAAUCCAGCGUCGAGUCUGUGCCCAUUAAGAUGGAUCCGGAGACUGAAGAUCCUCAAGAAACAGAAAUCGGUGACCCUGUCGCUUGCAACAAUCAGGACAAUGUGGAAUAUCUUGAUGCGGAUCUCAAAGGGAGCAUCAGCAGCGGGGAAAGCAUUGAGGUUUUGGGGACAGAGAAGUCCGCCUUGGCUCAGGCCGAAAACCAGGUCCAGUUGCCCCAAGCGAACGCGAGUCCUCAGCUGGCAAGGGACAAAGCGGUCAGUCGGAGGACCAUCAGCGAGGACAGCAUUGAGGUCCUCAGCACCUGUCCCUCGGAGGCCCUGAUCCCAGAGGAUUUCAAAGCCAGCUACCCCAGCGCUAUUAAUGAGGAAACCUACGCCGACGAGGAAGAGGAAGGCCUUCACUUCGACCCAGAAGACAUGGAAGGCAACCUCGAACUUGGGAAUCAGCUUCCUGUGGACUCAGCUUGUUGCAUAGGAAAGGAGAGUCCAAACUUUCUUGAGCCGGCGAAUAAUGUGGCCCUGAAGCACUGCGGGGAUGAUGACGGUGUGGUCAGUAUUCCUCCCCAGCCUUUUCGGCAAGGCGAUUUGGGGUUCCAGGUGAACUUUACAGACUGCUCUUCGCACGACGGCGUCUUGGGCAGCCUCUUGAGCUACGAGCUCGACCCGCAUUAUCUCUCCAGCCACAGAGAGAUAAGCAAGAUGAGCCUGGAUAAAUGCUCCGACUCCACCAGCUACAUCAGCAGCACGGCAUCCACCAGCUCGGACAGGACGCCCUCUCCAUCUCCUCUUUGUAGCGGCGGAAGCCACUCUGGGGAGCGGCAGAAAAAAAAGGCCGGGCAGAACGCCCUACGCUUCAUCCGGCAGUAUCCCUUUGCCCACCCGGCCAUUUAUUCUCUGCUGAGCGGCAGGACGCUGGUGGUGCUGGGGGAAGAAAAAGCCAUUGUGGAGAAACUGGUGACCGCCCUCUCCAUCUUCGUCCCCAACUGCGGGUCGUACGCCAAGCCUGUGAAGCACUGGGCUGUGUCUACAUUGAACAUCACUGACUUCCAGAAGUGGAAACUGAUUGGAAUGCAGAGGUCGUCCUCCCCGGCCGGCGUCAGCAUGAUGCACUCUCUCAUCCGCUACGGCCGCUACAUCAGCAUCCUGGACGCCGACAGCAAGACCCUCCGCUGCCCGCAGUACCGGGGGACCCUGAUCCCGCGCCUGGCCGACCACCGGACGCAGAUCAAGCGCGGGAGCACCUACUUCAUGCACGUCCAGACGCUGCUGACCCAGCUGAGCGCCAAGGCCUUCCUCUUCGCCUUCUGCCACCACCUGCACCUCCCACUCAAAGAAGGAGAAACCGAGGCCUCCAUGGCUUCCCGGCGGCUGAACUUCCUGAAGAUGCACCUGGGCCUCGCCAACGAGGACAGCAAGGUGGUCCAGUAUCUCGCUGAGCUCCUGAAACUGCAGUUUGUUCAGGACCCCGUCCGAGGGGUCAGCCCCGUGCUCAGGUUUGACUACGUGCCCAGUGCUUUGUACAAGAUCUAGCCGUCUCCGGACCGACUUUCCUGUUCCUUUGCUAUCUCACAACGCCGCUCUGCCAUCGUUUCGAGGUCUCUGUGAUUUCCACAGUCCUUGCGAUAUGAUCCAGAGGUGCAGCUAAGUCCGCCUCAUUAAAAUAAGACUUCCCAAUUCCUGGUCAGGCCUCUUUGGAAAGAAGGAAGGCUGUCUUAUUGCUGCUUCAAAGGGGAAUCGGAGGGUAGCGCCUUUUUUUUUGGAGUGGCGGGUGAUCAGAGGGUGCGUCUACACUGCAGAUUGAUCCCACUUUAAUUGCUACAGAUCAUGAGAGUUGUAGUUUGGCAGAAAAGGCUAAAGAUCUUGCAAGGCAUCACCUGCCAGGUUUCCAGAGCAUUUAGGCAUGGCAGUUAAAGUGGUGUCAAAACUGCAUACCACUUUAACUGCCUCGGGUUAAAGUGGUAUGCAAUUUUGACACCACUUUAACUGCCUCGGGUCCAUGUUAUGGUAUCGUGGGAGUUGUAGUUUGGCGGAAAAGGCUAAAAAUCUUGCAAGGCAUCACCUGCCAGGUUUCCAAAGCAUUUAGGCAUGGCAGUUAAAGUGGUGUCAAAAUUGCAUACAACUUUAACUGCCUCAAGUCCAUGUUACGGUAUCGUGGGAGUUGUAGUUUGACGGAAAAGGCUAAAGAUCUCGCAAGGCAUCACCUGCCAGGUUUCCAAAGCAUUUAGGCAAUUAAAGUGGUGUCAAAAUUGCAUUAGGGUCAAUGGGAGUUGUAGUUUGGCGGAAAAGUCUGAAGAUCUUGCAAAGCAUCACCUGCCGGGUUUCCAAAGCAUUUAGGCAAUUAAAGUGGUGUCAAAGUUGCAUUAGGGUCAACGGAAGUUGUAGUUUGGCGGAAAAGGCUAAAGAUCUUGCAAGGCAUCACCUGCCAGGUUUCCAAAGCAUUUAGGCAUGGCAGUUAAAGUGGUGCCAAAAUUGCAUACCACUUUAACUGCCUCGGGUCCAUGUUACGGUAUCGUGGGAGUUGUAGUUUGACGGAAAAGGCUAAAGAUCUUGCAAGGCAUCACCUGCCAGGUUUCCAAAGCAUUUAGGCAAUUAAAGUGGUGUCAAAAUUGCAUUAGGGUCAAUGGGAGUUGUAGUUUGGCGGAAAAGGCUAAAAAUCUUGCAAGGCAUCGCCUGCCAGGUUUCCAAAGCAUUUAGGCAAAGUGGUGUCAAAAUUGCAUUAGGGUCAAUGGGAGUUGUAGUUUGGCGGAAAAGGCUAAAAAUCUUGCAAGGCAUCGCCUGCCAGGUUUCCAAAGCAUUUAGGCAGUUAAAGUGGUGUCAAAAUUGCAUUAGGGUCAAUGGGAGUUGUAGUUUGGCGGAAAAGGCUAAAAAUCUUGCAAGGCAUAACCUGCCAGGUUUCCAAAGCAUUUAGGCAUGGCAGUUAAAGUGGUGUCAAAACUGCAUUAAUUCUACAGUGUAGAUGCACCCUAAGAGAGAGAAAGCAGCUUAGCACAUGGUCAGAAGCAUAAGCAGGGAAAGAUAAGUGAGUACACUCAUAGAACUGCUGUAUUAUUGGAGAUAUAGUAUUUGCUGGAUUUAGACUCCCUCUGCUCCACACUGGAUUUUAUUUUUUGCCACAACCCGCUUGAAGCCUGCAUCGAAUCAGUUAACUCCCACCCUGUGUCCUCAUUUGAACCUUAAGGCUUUCCAAGUAUUUUUACUACCUCUAUCAUACCAUCACCGGGAGUUAAUCGUGGUUGCUGGCCAUCCAGUUUGGUGAGAAUUGGACUUUUAGGUCCCUAAAUCCUCCAAGACCCUCAGCUUGAGUCCUUUUAUGAAGUUGUGCUUGAAUCCUAAAGAAAGCUUUCUGACAAGAUUUCACCUUCUUGGCUGUGGAUAUAUAUCUGGCAGCAUAUCGCAACUGGAUAUCACUUUUAAGGAUCGAGCAAUGCCUUACUGGUUUUAUUUCCCUUUUUAAAAACCAUUCUGCUUCCUGCAUCGAGCGGCUAGCGACGGCGUUUUGCAAAAUAACUGGAAAAAAUAGGUGUUGUGUGUGUGUGUGUUUUAAAACCUCUUUUGGGCUCUGAAACCGAAUGUAAAGUUCCUGGAAGCUUCAAAGGGUUUUGUGUGUGGCGAAUUCUGGGAAACUUGAUGCAAAUCUGCACUACUGUAUAUACAUAAUGAAUGAAUAUAUAAGGGCGGCGGGUGGGGAGAAAAAGUGUCCCGUUUGAAAGGGAGAUUGCCUUGUGAUGCUGCACUUUUUGAGUUCCUUAAGUAAAAUAUAUAUAUAUAUAUAUUGUGUUGCUGGAAAAACACCCCACAAAAGACACCUUUUGCUGCUUUCACUAGGGAAAAACUAACGUACCUCUUUGCCAUUUGGUUCUCCAUUUUCAGAAAACAAAACAACGAAAUAGAGACAAAGUCAUUGUGUUUUUUAAGGCUAACAAGUCAUAGUCCCAAUUGCCUUUUCAAAUGGAUUUUAAAAGUGUUCGGCAGUGUCACUAUAUGACUUCCUAUCCACCCACUUGGAUCAUAAAUCCAAGUUUUUAUUAUCCUUUUGGGUCAUAUCCUGCUGAUGAGACGUAAUGGGUAAAGUCUCUGUUUAUAUUGGAAUAGAUAGAAUCUAGGUUGCCGAGUGUUCGUUCGGGUUCUAAAAACUUGAAAUAGUUUCUUUUUUUGGGCGAGGAAUUGAUAUUAUGGGAGACUUGGAGCCUCUCCAACCCAAAAUGCCAUCGAGUGCUCCUUUGUCUUCUGCCUUUAAUAAUAAUAAUAAUAUUAUUUUAUUUAUUUAGAGAUAUUUCCCAUCUUUCACAAUAGGAAUCCAGCCAGGAAAUGACCAAACUUGUAUUUUGUGACUCUGACACCACAGAUUUCUCUAACUUUGAGCCUUCCCUGUGUAUUGGACUACACUGCAAUUGUAGUUAUGGGACAUGUAGUCCUCCCAAUGGUUAUGGGACAUGUAGUCCAAGAUACUUGGAAAUUACAAGGUUUAGAAAUGCCAUACUAGUCUACGUUACAGGGAUUCCCAUGUAGUUGGAUGCUUUACUGCUCGCUCAUCCAACUGUAAGGCCUGCUAGAGGUAGAAACUUUAUAUACUAUGGAUAUUAAAGUCUUUGACUUGUUGUAACUACUCCAUUGGGGGACCGGCAGAAUUUGAGACUUAAGAUUGUCUUCUUGGUUUAAAAAGGCUCACCCAAAAUGAGUUUCCAGAAUACAAGUUUGCUUUGUGCUUUCUCUCACCCAUCCUUCUUAGCUUUUAUGGUUCAUAUGAAUAGGAAGCAAACUGGUUUAAAAGUCUUGUUACAUCAUAUUAAAAUGCUAUCGAAGGGAAGGAAGAUGACAUUUGCACAGGACUGGAAGUAGGAAGCUCGUACAUUGCUCCGAAGCUAUUGCGGAUAAAGGAAGGCAGCUCUUAACAUUUACAACGGGUCAUGGAAGCUGGAUCUGCACUGCCAUAUAAAGCAGCUUGGAAGUGCUAUUAUAUAGCGUAGAGACAUAUAAUACUGUUAUAUGGAUCUACACUAACUGUAUAAUGCAUUUUGAACUGCAUUAUAAGGCGGCGUAGAUCCAUCCGGAGAUAAAUGUAGGAAAGGUAGACUAUUUAUAUAGGAUGGAUGACAUGAGAUGUAGGCCAUGAUACGGGUUUAUAUGGGACGUCGGGCCCGAUAUGCAAUUUAUAUGAGACGUCAGGCCACAAUAUGAGGUUUAUAUGUGAUGUCAGGCCACGAUAUGGGAUUUAUAUGGGACAUCAAUAUGUAAUUUAUAUGAGACGUCAGGCCAUGAUAUGAGGUUUAUAUGUGAUGUCAGGCCACGAUACGGGAUUUAUAUGGGACAUCGGGCCACGAUACGCAAUUUAUAUGAGACGUCAGGCCAUGAUACGGGAUUUAUAUGGGACGUCAGGCCACGAUAGGGGAUUUAUGAGACGUCAGGCCAUGAUAUGAGGUUUAUAUUUGAUGUCAGGCCACGAUACGGGAUUUAUAUGGGACCGAUACGCAAUUUAUAUGAGACGUCAGGCCACGAUAUGAGGUUUAUAUGUGAUGUCAGGCCACGAUACGGGAUUUAUAUGAGACGUCAGGCCAUGACAUGAGGUUUAUAUGUGAUGUCAGGCCACGAUACGAGAUUUAUAUGGGAUGUAGAGCUGCUUAGCAAGGUUUGGCAGCAUCCAGCCAUAGACCCAUAACAUUGGACCCUAUAUUUCUUUUCAAUUUGGAAACCUCACUACAUUUCCUACCUUUCCCAUUACGUGCACUGAGACGGCAUUUAGAAAGGAGAACCACAGCAACCGUGUGUCUUUGUGGGCGAAACCGGAGCAGCAUGCUUUGUGUGUGUCAGUGAUAUUCAAAGAUAACCUACUCAAAGUGACAACCAACAAUUAUGACAAACACACAGGAAGGGAAAGAAAGGGUACAUUGGAAGCAAAUUAUUUAUUGGGGUUCAAAUAUUUUUGAAAUACAAAUGUGUAUAUUUGUUGUAUUUUUUAAAGCUUCUCGAACCCUUGUGGCCACCUUUUUAAUUUUAUUGUGCUCAGUAAAAAGUGUCUGGACCAUC